GUGAUUGUUCGCACCUGUUCAGUUUUGUUGUCAAUGUCAGUGUUGACCAGUCUGCUCGUCGAAUCUGCUCACCACCUAGCUGCCUUCUCCUUAUCGCUUGCACCACCUUAUCUCUUGCAGAUGGCGUCUCCUGGUGCUGAUUCUCGGGCCCCGUUGGGCGGAGCUGCAGCAGGCUCCGAAGGGCUGCAUACGCCCCCUCCGGCAGCGCGCAGCGCUGAGGAUAUGUAUCUGGAUGCUUCCGACCAGGGGAACGAAAGCGAUGAGGAAUUUGUAAGAGAUCCUGAGUUCGAGGCCGGCAUUGUGCUCUCUCCACCGCCAGCCACCCCCACUGAGCCCAGCCCUGUAGUCAGCCCAGCACGGGAAACGAAAAUUCCCCGCCGUAUGGGCCCCAACAUUCAGAACAUGUUCGUGGUACGACAUGGAGAGCGCUCGGACGACGCAGUCCCCGGGUGGGAGAAGACGGCCGCCAGGCCUUGGGACCCCCCUCUCACAGAGAAAGGCUUUCAGCAGGCGUAUAAUAUGGGUCAGCAGCUGCGCAACGAGGGGUACAAGAUCGACCGAGUCGUCAUCUCCCCUUUCCUACGGUGCCUUCAAACGGCGGGUGAGAUCAUCAAAGCAUUGGUGGACGGGGCAGGAGAAGAUGAAGUCGCGCAGGACAGCAAGGGCAAGGGGGUAGAGCGCGCUCAGGAUGGUGCCGCACGUGCGCCGGCAAGUACAGUGAAGGCGCACAUAGACUACGGUUUGACGGAGCUGCUGAACGCGCGCGCUAUUCGGAACCCGCCCCGGUCGGGCGCUGAUCUGCACAGCAAGGACACGUGGCUCCUGCCAGAGGAACAGCUGCACGCACUGCUGCCAUCGGGAGUGCUCGAUGAAUUGCUGGGAACUCAGGGGAAGUUCCCAGAUUGGCCCGAGGAUGAUGAGGUGUGCCAUGCUCGGUAUGCCGAGGCUUAUGGCAGGAUUGGAGACCAGUUUCCAAACGAAGAUAUCAUUUGCGUGACCCACGGAGAGGGCGUUGGUGUUUCCGCCAGUCGGUUUAAAAAGGUUGUCGUUUACGCUGUGAACUACUGUGGCUUCACUCAAGCGCAACGAUCCAGACCUGGCACAUCGGGAGAGCCAGACGAACAGUGGGACCUUGUGACGCAGUCUGAGGAAAGCGGAGUCUACUGGACAUUGACCACUUGAAGCUGCUGUGUUAUUUUGAAGGCAUCAGUGAUGUCACGGCACACAACUCGGGAUUUUUCUCGAAGUUCAGUGCUAGGACCUUACCAAACUUCGUGGGUUUGACAGCGCAAGGGUUUUGCUAAGCGGAUGCUGUCGUUAACGUUCGUUAGGCAAGGGAGAUGCCCCACGUAGCGACGUAAUAAGGACGUACAAAAGUAUCAGGGCGUCAAAGAUACAUACCAAGAAACUUGGCAAGGGGGUUGCCAGCCAGCAGUGUAAAAGCCCGGGACUCGGAUUGUAUCGAGCAAACCGGUCCAGCACUUCGCUCAGUUGCAGGUCUGACGUACCAUGCAGUCGGAGGGGUUUAAUUAGACAGGAUUGAUCGAAUCGAUCAAUCACCUCGUGGCUUGGGCGAUGACACUAAAGAGACUGGUCAGAGAUACACAAAUGACAAUACAUAUAUAAGUUGACAUGCAUGCAGACGCGGAGUCGGAGCGCGGACGACAUGCUAGAUAAGCACAGACUUUUUGCCGCAUUUCGAGCCUAGAACUCGAAGGAACUUCGAAUUGACAUCGUGUCGAUCGCAGAUUCAACCA